UAAAAUGCGCCUCCCUUCCCUUCACAUUCUUCCUUCCCACCAAUCCAUUAUCGCUUUUUUCCAAAACGACAAUCUCUCUCUCUAACAGAGUCUCGUCUCAUACAUACACUCAGCUUUCUUUUAAAGCUGCAAACAAUGGCCAUAUACAGAUGCCAGCGCAGGAUAACAGCAUGCACACUCCUCCCAGUUUCGAGAACAGAGCGAAUUACAGAUUCUAAAACAACAGAAAGCCUCUUUCCGAAGGAGAAACUUAAAAGCUAAGCACAACCCAACUCAACCCAGGAGGAGUAAUUCCAGCACCAGCACCAGCACCAGUGUGUUCAUCGAAAGGUCGGUGUCUAUUCAAGAUAAAUACAAGCACACCCAGUUGGUAAUUAGAGGUCACUUCACCUCCAUGCUUCGAUCCGCGUGCUUUUGAUUGAUGCAAAUGGAUGCGAAACAAGCCCCACCUACGAGAUUUUGCAGACAACCAUUUCCAGUUUUUGUUCCUUGGUCUUCGAUUCUCAUGGAGUCCCUCCUGCUUUUUUGACUGAUGGAUUGAUUCUCUUGUUUUCUUCUUCCACUGUCUCUUUCAUGCCCCUACUCUGAUUUUCUUUUCCCUCCAUCUGGGAAUGUGCGAGAAAUUCAAGCGGCACCGUCAAUUCAUUCCUCGCCUUUACUUGGAUGAGAAGUUGGAAUUGCUUGGCGAUCAAGAGGGGUUUUGCUGUAAGUUUGGGACUCAGGAUGUAAUCGUCGACGGUUGAUUCUUGCUGAAGCUGACAGAAGGACACGUCAUGGGCUCUGUGGAAGAGAAGAUCAAGACUACAGGAGGAGGAGUAGGAGGAGGAGGUUUGAUUAUUAACGGGCCUCAGACUAGCCUUUUCGACGAGAUGAAGUUGUUGAAAGAAAUGCAAGAUCAGACAGGGGCCCGAAAGGCUAUAAACUCAGAGCUGUGGCACGCUUGCGCUGGUCCGCUUGUUUCUUUGCCCCAUGUGGGGAGUCUUGUUUUUUACUUCCCUCAAGGCCAUAGCGAGCAGGUGGCAGUUUCUACCAAGAGAACAGCAACCUCACAAAUUCCUAAUUAUCCAAAUCUUCCCUCUCAGUUGAUGUGCCAAGUUCAAAAUGUUACCCUACAUGCCGAUAAAGAUUCAGAUGAAAUCUAUGCUCAAAUGAGUCUUCAACCCGUGAACUCUGAGAAAGAUGUCUUCCUAGUUCCGGACUUUGGACUAAGGCCAAGUAAACACCCAAACGAGUUCUUCUGCAAAACUUUGACUGCCAGUGACACCAGCACACAUGGUGGGUUCUCAGUGCCACGAAGGGCUGCUGAAAAACUCUUUCCUCCAUUGGAUUACACAAUGCAACCACCAAAUCAGGAACUUGUUGUCCGAGACUUGCACGACAAUAUCUGGACUUUUCGCCACAUAUAUCGCGGGAAGCCGAAGAGACACCUUCUCACAACUGGGUGGAGUCUAUUCGUUGGAGCAAAGAGACUCAGAGCAGGCGAUUCUGUCCUUUUUAUAAGGGAUGAAAAGUCCCAGUUGAUGAUUGGAGUUAGGCGUGCUAACCGGCAACAAACUACUUUGCCAUCAUCGGUUCUAUCUGCUGAUAGUAUGCAUAUAGGGGUUCUUGCUGCUGCAGCUCAUGCUGCGGCUAAUCGAAGUCCAUUCACAAUCUUCUAUAACCCCAGGGCAUGUCCUUCAGAGUUUGUUAUUCCUUUGGCCAAGUACCGAAAAUGUGUAUACGGAACCCAGCUUUCUGCAGGCAUGAGGUUCGGGAUGAUGUUUGAGACUGAAGAGUCCGGUAAACGCCGAUAUAUGGGUACAAUUGUUGGAAUCAGCGAUUUAGAUCCACUAAGGUGGCCAGGUUCCAAGUGGCGAAAUCUUCAGGUGGAGUGGGAUGAGCCAGGGUGCUGCGAUAAGCAGAGCAGGGUUAGUUCAUGGGAGAUUGAAACUCCAGAAAGUCUUUUCAUUUUUCCUUCUCUGACUUCGGGUCUAAAACGUCCAUUACACAGCGGAUUUUUGGCAGGAGAAACUGAUUGGGGAAGUUUGGUGAAGAGACCAGUGCUUCGUGUUCCUGAAAAUGUUCGUGGGGAUCUUUCAUAUGCGGCGCCAACUUUAUGCUCUGAACCUCUGAUGAAGAUGCUACUGAGGCCUCAAAUGGUUAACCUUCAUGGAGGAGCCACCACACAGCAGGAUUCAGUUAAUAAUUUAGUUAAGUUACAGGACAUGAAGGGCAUGCAGCCAAUAAUCAAUCCGAAAAUGCAGCAGCAGCAGCAGCAGCUUAUUUCGUCAGAAACUGCAUCUCCUCAAAAUCAAAAUCACCACCAUCCAGCACCUACACCUACACAAUCUGAUGCCAUAAACUCAACUUCAUCACCAGAAACCAAUCUACCCGGAAAUGUACACGCUUCGGCGGCCAUUGAAAGUGAAGCACCUACUGGAGCUGAUGUAGUAGACAAGCCAAAAUAUGAACGUCAUCUUUCAACCAAUGAGUCUAACAAUCCAUUGCCCCCGGUUGGAGAUUGUGGGGAGGAAAAACUCAGUGGCAACGACGUGAAUAUGCAGACCCUCGUAAACCAGCUUUCGUUUGUGAACCAGAAUCAGAUCCCCAUGAUGCAGUUGCAACCUGUAUCAUGGCCUAUUCAGCAGCCGCAGCUGGAAUCACUAAUCCCACACCCACAACCAAUUGACAUGCCUCAGCCUGAAUUUACAAAUUCAAAUGGUUUGAUUUCAUCCCUGGAUGGCGAUGGAUGUUUAAUUAACCCAUCCUGUCUACCACUACCUGGAGUAAUGAGAUCACCAGGGAGUCUCUCUAUGUUGGGAUUGCAAGAAUCCUCAACAAUGUUUCCUGAGGCUCUUAAUUUUCCUUUACCCUCUACAACCCAGGACAUGUGGGAUCCUCUUAAUAGUAUAAGAUUCCCAUCUCAGACCAAUCAUCUCGUUUCCUUCUCUCACCCAGACGCUUCUAACCUGAACUGUAUGGCUGUUAAUGCGAAUGCUAUGAGAGAUGUUUCAGACGAGAGCAACAACCAAAGUGGGAUAUACAGUUGUUCGAACCUUGAAAUCAGUAAUUGCGGAAGUGCUUUGGUUGAUCCUGCUGUUUCAAGCACCAUUCUUGAUGAUUAUUGCACAUUCAAAGAUGCCGACUUCCCAAACCCUUCAGAUUGCUUGGCUGGGAACUUCAGUUCAAGCCAAGAUGUUCAGUCUCAGAUCACCUGUGCUAGUCUGGGAGAUUCUCAGGCUUUCUCCAGGCAAGAGUAUCAUGAUAAUUCAGGCGGUACAUCCUCAUGCAACGUGGAUUUUGAUGAGGGCAGUCUUCUGCAGAAUGGCUCAUGGAAGCAAGUGGUGCCGCCCAUGAGAACUUACACCAAGGUCCAGAAGGCGGGAUCUGUUGGAAGGUCAAUUGAUGUCACUAGUUUUAAGAACUACGACGAAUUAUGCUCUGCGAUCGAAUGUAUGUUUGGACUUGAAGGGUUGCUUAAUGACCCAAGAGGCUCAGGAUGGAAACUGGUUUAUGUGGAUUAUGAGAACGACGUCCUGCUUAUUGGUGAUGAUCCCUGGGAGGAAUUUGUCAGCUGCGUUCGGUGUAUCAGAAUCUUGUCACCUUCAGAAGUUCAGCAAAUGAGCGAAGAGGGAAUGAAGCUUCUCAACAGUGCUAUGAUGCAAGGUGUCAAUUGCUCCAUAUCAGAAGGUGGCGGAGCUUGAAACUCAGUUUCCUUAAACCAGUCAUCGAUGAUCGAUUCUUCUGCCUUGUUCUACGAGAAUCGAGUUUAUAAUAAUUAUUGACACAAGCUCAAGCAAGGCCAACGGUUAGCAUAAAGCUCUCUCCUUGAUGUAAGUGUGAUUGUUAGUUACUUAUUUUUAUCAGCAAAGGGACAUUGCCAAGAGCUCUGGUUGAAGUAAAUUCAGUUCCUACAAAAUUGUACUCUUUCUGAACUCCGUAAACAAAAAGAAAAGGGAGUUUAUGGCAUUUGCAGGGUGCCAAGACUUGUAAUCUUUAAAACAAGUUAGCUAUGGUGCACCACUUGCAAAUCCUGGCCUCAAAUUUAGAUGAUACCCACGAACCAUUCAUCUGGGUACAGAGGUUCACAAUGGAGUCGUAUCUUUCGUUUGCCUAUUUCCACUUUCUAGAGAUUCUAUAGUAAGAUAACAGCUUUUGCUCA